AUGCGAGGUAAGAUUCCAGCUGAUCAACUCCAAUACGAUCCGGAAAUUGAAGCUAUAGCUAGGAGGAACAACAACAAAACAAAGAGGAGAAAGCAACUUGCCAAGUCGAGGAAGAGGCAAGAAUCAUCAACUUCUUCAAAUCAAGAACAAGGAACAAUGGCUGCAGCUGGAGGAGGUGGCAUUCAAGAUGAAAAUGCAGGUUUUGUGAAUUUUACUCCGAGGAACAUGACAAGGAUAGGUAGACCUGCAGGCAAUGAAAGACCAAUGGAGAUGAAGUCUGGAUUGGUACAGCUGAUGUACGCCAAUCCAUUUGCGGGAUUAGACCAUGAGAAUCCGCACACGCAUUUGACAAAGUUCUAUGAACUUUGUGGCACGGCUGGUCUUACACAAGCUGAGGAAGAAGCUGUGUUUCUGAGGCUUUUUCCCUUGACUCUACUUGGGCAAGCAAAGGAGUGGUUUUUAGAUCAACCACAAAGUAGCCUUACCGAUUGGAAUGAACUUGAACGGAAAUUCUUUGCAAGGUAUUUCUCUGAUUCUAAAUUUAUGGAUUGUAAAACUGCGAUUUCUGCUUUCUCUCAGGGUGCAGGUGAAAACUUAUGUGAAACUUGGGAGAGGUUUAAAUCGUUGUUGAGGAAAUGCCCGAACCAUGAGUUUGAUGCAAGGUCCCAAAUCCAUAUCUUUCGAAAGGGCUUGCAGCAACCAACUAGGUUGAUUCUGGACGCAACAUCUGGUGGUUCUUUAAUGGCUAAAUCGCCCAUUGAAGCCAUUCAAAUCAUUGAAGCGAUGGCCUUAAAUGAUCAACAAGAUCAACAUCACCGAGGUUCACCUAGGAGAAGAGGAAUGAUUGAGCUUGGAGCGAUUGAUGCUAUGUUAGCUCAAAACAAGCAGCUCCAACAACAACUGGACGAAGUAAAGCAAACACUAAAAAAUCUGCCCAAACAGCUAAAGGAGAUGCAUGAUUCCUCUUCUAGAAAACAGGUAUAUAUAUGUGAUGUUUGUGCAGGUGAUCAUCAUACUAGUAGUUGUGAUCAGAAUCAAGAAGAAGUGAACUAUGUGGGAAAUCAGCAGAGGCAAGGUCAGUAUCAAGGAAACUACCCCAGGGGAGGAAAUCAAAAAUAUAAUCAACUUUGGAGGCAAGAUGCAUGUCCCUCAUCUAGCAUGGCACCACCAUUACCUUAUCAGAAUCAACAAUACCAACAACCACCAGUGGAUAGGACUUCAAAGCUAGAAUACACUCUGAAUCAAUUUAUGCAGGUUUCAAUAUCCAACCAUAAAAAUACUGAUGCAUCUAUUAAAAACUUAGAAAUACAGGUUGGACAGAUGGCUAAAAAUUGA